AUGUCGGGCCAACACGCCACUGUGACGUUGGCUCCGCUUAGCAACGAUGACCACCGUCGACGACUCCUUAUCCCCAACCCCAUCAAUAAUCAACUGGCCGUGUCCGUUGGUCGAUGCUCUCGCCGUGAGAUCAAAAAGCGAACCCCCGCUCCAGAUAAUGCAUGGUAUGAUUCUCGGGUUAUGUCUCGUGAUCAUUGCAUGAUUACUUUCAACCCGGAGCGACGAAAUUCCCAUGUCUGCGACAUUGGAUCUACUCACGGAACCUUCUUGAACGGCGAGAAGUUGAUCACCAAUCUGCAUACUCCUUUACAUAAUGGAGAUAUCCUGCGCUUUGGUGUUGACGUGGACCAUGGUCGAGACACUUUUCGAGCCGUCGAAGUUAGCUACAAGAUCGAGUGGCCGCCCGCGGUGAUCGUCAUUGAAGAUGAAGAUGACGACCUCAAGCAGAAAAUUCUCGUCCCCCCUACCCAGGGCCGUUCCACAAACACAUUUGCUGUUCCCGAAGACGAAAGUGAUUUCAACGAAGGAGAAGUUGAUUUUGAGGAAGGCGAGAGCAUCGCCGAAGAUGAGAGCUUUGAUGGGGACUCGUGUCUCGCAUAUGACCUGGAAUCUCAGGAUGGGCAUCUCGAUCAUCCUAGCGAUGACUCCAAGGAGUCUAUUCCACGAUCUUGGGAAUCUAUUGUCCUUCAGCCGAUCCAAUCAUCGCCCGCCUCGAGCGUUGAUAAGACUGAGAGACAAGAGGCGGAGGUGGAUCCAAAGCCUGAGGUUCGGCCUACGGACGCUUCACGUGUCUCAGGCAUGGAUCAGAGCAAGACGCAAGAACCAGAUGUGAACCAGAAACCGGAGAAAGAGCCUCACUCUGCCGUCAUUGAUCUUGGGGCCCCAGACCAGCCGGCCUGUGCCACAUCAGGAUGUCUUGAGCCUAUGGUCUUGAAUCCUGUGAGGCCACUGACACCGAACUCACCCCCAUCCGAUAACACUUCAUUCUUUGGGGCCCAGUUGAACUCUCUUGAAAGUUAUGACAAGUUUCCGGAAACCUGCUACCAAAUGGUACCCGACAUGACUUUCUGCGACUGGAAAAUGAUGAAGCCCACCUUCAUGCGCCUGGCAGAUAUGGCUUGGGGUGAAUCUGACCACAUCCCAGACGUCGACUACGAAAAUCGCGUCAUCCAUGCCGCCCGCCGUUGCUCUCUAUCACAGGACUCGUACCUGGUUGAUGACGAUCCCAGUUUCGAACCACAAAAUGGUAUGGAGGUUACAUUUACGCUCGAAGACGAGGAGUCGGAUACCUCCUUUCACAAAAUGCCCGGAGGCAACCUCAAAUACUGGGUUGUUGACAAGCGCCAAUACUGGAUCAUUCACGAGGAUUCGGACAGCCAUGCAGCAAGUGAUUUGUGGUGGAUUGUCGAAAAGCCUUGGGACAUGCUUGGCGAUGAGGUCAAGGAGGAUAUCAUGAACAAUGGCUUUAUUCCUGAGUGUCAAAAGUGCUGGAUUGUUCGGGCCUGGGAGCCCCAGAUGGUCGGCGGUGUGUGGGUGAGCUCACCUCCAUACUGGGAUCCCAGCUUCAGCCAGAUAUUGGUCUCUGAUGCUGAAUCCGUUGACUCGACCGACAACGAUUGGGACCGCGAAUACGAGGAGACGCCCGAAAGCUUUGACCCUUCCGAUGCAGUGGAGCCCCCCCUUUGCGACAUUCGUGGGAUUUUUGGAAUCAACACGCGUCAGAGAUUUGAUUCUGAAGACAGUUCGAAGGCCUCAGCGAAUUUGGAUUCCGCUGCAAGCUCGUUUGAUGAAUACCAAUAUGAAGAUAUCCGUGAGUCCAGCGUCUCAUGCGAUCCUUCUUGGAAUUCCGAAAUGACUGGGAACGGGAACGGAUCCGAAUCUGGAGAAUACUCUGAAGGCUCUCGCGAUAAUAGCAUGGAUCGUACUAGCCAGCCAUAUGACUGUGAUUGGGCUUUUUCGGACAACUUCCUCGCCAGCGAAAAUUUCUCGGGGAGCCCGAACGUCACUGGAUGCCGCAGCCUAUUCCACAGCCAACCCUUGGAAGUCGAGGGUUUGGACAGUCAAACGCAUGGUUCUCACGGUUCUCUGAAGUCUUCAACUCAAGUGAAAACUCACCUCCAUGGCCUGACAAACCCAGGUUCCCAAUUCCCAGAACACGGCGUGUCUUCAAAGCUACCAACUUCUUGCCAGGUCAAACCUCGCACUUUCAGCUUUGAUCACUCGGUCGUGCCCGAGAGCCACGUUUACCAUGAUGGGCCAUUCUCAAUCAACACUAACUUCGACAAAUUGAAUACUGCCCAGCUACUGUCGCCUCCUCCCACGACUGGAAGUAUGAAGCGAUCUGCCUCUGAUAUGGAGUCCUCGGAUCUUCCAGAUGGGGGCACUCCUCCAACUGCCGAGCCGGUCUGUCUUGACGCCAAGAUCCAGACAGAUUCUGCCACAGUCUCUGCUGAGGCCAGGGUUGCCAUUGCCUCUGCUCUUGCCGAGAAUGAUCGCCCCGCAAAACGGGUCAAGUCGAGCCACAGACCCUCUAGCAAGUUAGCCAGUCACGUCACCACUGCGUUUGUUGGUGCUCUUCUGGGUGGCCUGGCGACCGUGGCCACGCUUGCAGCUUUGCCCAAUGAGUACUUUGCUUGA